UUUUUCAAUUUUUUAAAGGUUUUUCUUUUAUGGCUGCAGCACUCAGUUUUCUACCAGUGCAACUUUGUGUGUGGCUUGAAGUAACCGCCUUCUUUUUACGACAUCAAACACCAACCGACAAAAGUCGCGUUGUACCGGGUUUACAUGAAUUACUCAAUCAAGUUACAAUAAUUAGAACGAGAACCCAUCGUUUAGGAAGGCUUGGAGGCUUUGCCCUCCAAGGUAAUAAUAAUGUGGGAGGAAGUAGUGGAAGGUUUGCAAAUAGAAGACGGUCAUCUAGAGCAUCAAAAGAUUUGAGUGGAAUGAUGUUAAGUGGUGGUGGUGGUGGGUUAAAUGGAGGAGAACCUGUUGUUCAAAGAGUUUUUUCUUUUCAACAUCUUUUUGUUUAA